AUGGCAGGAGGAUUAGAAAGAGUGUAUGGAACCGAAGAAGACAAGGUUAAUUGCUCGUUCUAUAUCAAAAUUGGUGCUUGCAGAUAUGAAAAUAAAUGCUAAAGAAUCCACAGUAUACCUCCCAUCUCUUAAACCAUAUUAUUUAAACAUAUGUACCAAAAUUCUCCAAUAGAAGUCGCCAUCGCCUCUGGAAAUGCAGUGUCUUAGGCAGGCAUUGAGGAAGCAUUGGAAAAAUUUGAAAACUUUUAUGAGGAUGUAUUUUUAAAGUUGGCUGAAUUUGGAGAGAUUGAGGAUCUGAUAGUCUGUGAAAACAUUGGUGAUCAUUUAGUUGGCAAUGUAUAUGUGAAAUAUACAUCGGAAUAUUAUGCUGAGGGCUGUUUUAAUGCUUUGCAAAAUUUGUCAUACGAAAAUAGACCAUUGCAGAUGGAAUACUCACCUGUAUUGGAUUUCAGCAGUGCUAAAUGCAAACAAUACAUUGAUGGCACAUGUCAAAGAGGUGGAGCCUGCAAUUACUUACAUCUAAAGAAGAUUUCUACAAAAUUCAAGAAAAGUUUAUUCAAUCAAAUGUAUGAAGAGCAUCCAGAUUACAAAGAAAAAAAAGAAAAAGAAAUUAAUGAAAAAAGUCCAAAGAAACAUAAGAAGAAGGAAAAGAAAUCUAAGAAGAAGAAGAGUAGCAGCAGUAGGGAAUCCAGCAGAAGAAACUCUAUUGAGAGAUAAAAAAUGAUUAAUGACUGGAAUGAAACAGGAAUUCAAAAUGUUUCUUAAGCAUAAAAAAUGAUGUAUGGAAAUAAUAUGCCUGCUCCGGUUUACACACCUAAAGUUUCCAUGCGAACAAGUCCAGAGUUAUUACAACUAUAAUUACAAUUGGCUGCAUUAAAAGAGUAAUUGACUGCAAUUAAAAUGAGUUGA